AUGGCUACACCAUUUCCAACCUGUCAUAUCAAUGCGACAGUGUGCUCAGGCACAUCAUGCCUGGUUCCGGAGAGUGACUUUAACAUCAUCCUAAGCACUGUCCUGAGCACUGUACUCACUGUCAUGCUGGCCAUGGUCAUGUUUUCCAUGGGAUGUACUGUGGAUGUGCACAGGCUUUGGGCACACAUCCGUCGUCCAUGGGGCAUCUUUAUUGGCUUUCUGUGCCAGUUUGGUAUCAUGCCCUUUACAGCAUUCAUCUUCUCACUAGCCUUUCAGGUGCAGCCCAUUCAGGCUGUGGUUAUUUUAAUCAUGGGAUGUUGCCCUGGCGGGACUAACUCUAAUGUCAUCACAUACUGGCUGGAUGGAGACAUGGAUCUUAGCAUUAGCAUGACAACAUGUUCAUCUAUCCUGGCACUAGGGAUGAUGCCUCUUUGCCUGUUUAUUUAUGCUUCAGUCUGGAUCUCAGCUGAUACAAUUCAGAUUCCAUUUGAUAGCAUAGGUAUUACACUGGUAUGUCUGCUUGUUCCUGUCACUUUGGGAAUCUUUGUCAAACAUCGGUGGCCCAAAAUAGCAAAGAAGAUUCUCAAGUUUGGCUCAAUUGUGGGCAUCCUUCUCAUUAUUAUAAUUGCUGUGGUUGGUGGUGUGCUGUACCAGUCUUCAUGGACAAUUGCUCCUGCUCUGUGGAUAAUUGGUGCAAUCUACCCACUAGUGGGCUUUGGCCUGGGAUUUCUUCUGGCUCGAUUUGUAGGACAACCCUGGCACAGGUGCCGCACCAUUGCACUGGAAACAGGUUUUCAAAACUCACAGCUGUGUAGCACCAUUGUUCAGCUGUCCUUCUCCCCCGAAGAGCUGGAGAUCAUGUUCUCCUUUCCCUUAAUCUACAGCAUUUUCCAACUUGUUGUGGCUUUCCUGUCAGUUGGAGGCUACCAAUUGUAUAAGAGGCGUUUUAAAACAAACUCAGCUGAGGAGGACAUUGAGAGAGUUGUGGAAGCUGAUGUCAUCUCUUGUAAAGACAAGCAAGAGCUUGUCUUGGAAAAUGAUGGCUUUGACUGUGAUGAGAAUGGCAAUACUGAAGGCAAGGGGAAAAUCACUCAUCUGUGACAUGGCAUCAAAGUGUAAUAAAUAAAUAGUCUAAUAUUAAUAUACACUGAUCAGUCAUAACAUUAAAACCACCUUGUUUCUA